AUGGCUCCGAGAAUGGAUUUUCCUGGCACAAAGCGAACGAUGAAUGUUUGCAGAACUCUUACAGUUUUGCUGCUGAUCGGUUUGGCGAUGGCGAACAAAACGAUGGACACACGGGAAGGUGAAGAUGUGAUACUGAAGUGCCGCUUCAAUGAGCACUAUUCCGACCGAGAGUACUCCUACUAUUGGGCCCAGCAGUCACCAAAUAAGUACGACAAUGUUGCGAUCAAGGGUGAUACCUUCAACCCUAACUACAAGAUUGACUAUCGACCCAACCAAGGCAUAUACGAUUUGCAAAUCUUUAACGUAUCGUACGCUCGCGAUAAUGGACGGUUCGAGUGUCGCAUCAAGCAGAUCGGUAGCGAUAAUGCGAUUUAUGAAGAUUACUACAACCUGACGGUUCUAACGCCACCGCAGCCACCGCUGAUUUUCCCCGGAAGCGAAACAACUGCCACUGAAGAUAAAAAGCAGGAGCUCACCUGUAGCAGCGUGGGUGGCUCUCCAGAUCCAACGAUUUCGUGGUACCGUGAGGGAAGCACAACACCUCUGGCGGCCAAUCUGAUCUACGGAGGAUCGCGUGAUAUGCAGACGACCAGUACGCUGACCAUUAUCCCACGCCGGGAAGAUGACGGAGCAAAGUUUACGUGCGUCGUGUGGAACCGGGCUAUGCCGGAGAGCCAGCGACUAGAAACGGUUACGACUCUGUCGGUGAACUAUUAUCCCCGCGUGGAAAUUGGGCCAGAAAACCCGCUGAGUGUUGAGCGAGACCAAACAGCAAAGCUGGAGUGUAACAUCGAUGCCAAACCGAAACCCGAACAGGUGAAGUGGACCCGCAAUGGUCGUUUCAUUUCGUCGCACCCAACGCACACAAUCCAUCGUGUGUCACUGCAGGAUGCCGGCCGUUACACCUGCUCGGCUGAUAACGGGUUGGGUAAGAUUGGCGAGCAGGAAAUCACCCUGAACGUCCUCUACCCACCGAUUGUGCAAAUCGAAAGCAAGGCCAAGACGGCAGAAGAGAAGGAAACGGUGCAUAUUAAGUGCAACGUUACAGCCAACCCACCGCCGGUUACCAUCGAGUGGUUGAAGGAAGGUGAUAUUGAUUUCCGGCGUAAUGGAGAUACGCUAGUGCUGCGGGACGUGCGUGCGGAAGAUGCUGGUACGUACAUUUGCCGGGGCAUUAAUAUGAUGAAGCCGUACGGUGGAAAGACGUUGGAGCGUGAAGGUAACGCCUCGGUAGCGUUGCUUGUGCGGCAUCGCCCCGGGCAGGCUGUAAUUACGCCGGAAAAACCGGUCGUACACGUUGGCAAUAGUGUCAGCUUGAUGUGUAAAGCUGAUCCUCCGGGCUAUCCGGAUCCACAGUACCGUUGGUACCGGGAUGUAGGCGGCGAGAUCUCGACCACUGUGAUUGCCCAAGGUGCACAGUAUCUGAUACCGAAGGCGGGACUUUCGAGCGAAGGAAAAUAUCACUGCCAUGCAAGCAACGAACUCGGCAAUGGCGGUAUGGCAAGCGCCACGCUAGAAAUUCAUCAGCCACCGCAAUUUUUGGCCAAACUGCAAUCGAACAUGAUAAAGCGCGCGGGCGAGGUAGACUUUUUUGUAACCUGUAGCGCAAAAGGCAAACCGGAACCAGCGAUCACCUGGUUGAAGGACGAUGUGGAGAUCACUCCGGAACUGCAUCGGUAUGAGGUGAAGACGAAUGUGGACAAGGGACCUAACGGUAUGGUGACGGUGCAGAGUAUGCUCAAGUUCACGGGAAAAGCGCGACCGAACGGAAAUGAUCUGAUCUCUACCGAUCGUGGCCAGUACACAUGUUUGUACGAAAAUGAGGUAAACAAGGCAAAUUCAACGAUGCAUCUGAAAAUCGAACACGAACCGAUAGUACUGCACCAGUACAACAAGGUGGCAAACGAUAUAAAGGAAACCGCCGAGGUGUUGUGCAAAGUACAGUCUUACCCUAAACCAGAGUUUUUGUGGCACUUUGGAACGACGCUGUUGAAUACGGGUGGGCAUUACGAAAUCAUCACUAACUCGGACGGUAAUGACGUAUACACCAGCAUCCUGAAGAUCAGCAAUGUGCGUCACCAGGAUUACGGUGAAUAUCAUUGUCGAGUGUCGAAUUCGUUGAAUCACAUACAGGUGCCGAUUCGAUUGCAACCGAAGGGUCCGCCAGAAAAACCGAACAAAUUGAAGGCGGUUGAACUUGGUUCGAACUAUGUGAUUCUUUCGUGGAGUCCCGGAUUUGAUGGCGGCCUUGCCAACACAAAGUAUUUUGUAUCGUACCGUAAAAUAGUGAUCCCGAAUGAGAGUCUAAUGACGGAAGAGUGUGCUGCUGUCGCUGCUAGCGGUGCUGAGUGGAUGGAGUUUGACUGCCAGCGUGAAGUUCCUUGCACCAUUAGCCCACUGGAUCAUCAUCAGAGUUACGUGUUUAAGGUAAAGGCACUAAACACGAAGGGCGUUUCGGAACAUUCGAAUGAAAUCACGGCAACGACCAAGGUAGAAAAGAUUCCAAUCCCGCUGUUAGCCAAUUUCGAUCCGGAAACCAAAAUAUUGGGCUUAAACAUCGGUGCAACCUGUUUAUCGAUGGUGGCGAUCGUUGAAUCUGUCAUGUACGGUGAUACUCCGAUGGCAGCAUGGCACAUUAUCGAGAAGGUAGAUUUGCAGGUGAACGGUCACGAUCCCACGUACCGCGAGCAUGAAAUUAAGCACUUUGUAGCGAAUCGCCGCAACAAUGGCCGUUCGCUGGGUAACACACUGGACGACAUUCCCAUCCCGAUCGAGGACGAAUUGAAUCCACGAGUGCGCGUGAAGUUAUGUCUCAAAAUCAAUCACGAGUAUUGCGGAGAAUAUCUUGAGGCUGACAUUGGACAAUCUCUUAUACAGGAGGCUUCCUUCGUUGAGCUACCGACACUGAUAGCGAUUGUGGUGUCGUGUGUUGUUGCUGGUCUUUUCGCCGUGCUGGUGAUUAUGUUCUGUCGCUGCAAGCGGAAUCAAAUGAAAGAAUCGGUAAAGUCAAAGGAGUAUGAUAUUGAUUCGAUUCACCCUUCGAUUGUGGCACAACAAAAUCAGGCACCGCCACCAUACUAUUCCGCCAGUAGCUUAGAAAACAAGGCACUUGAACAUUCGAUGGAUUUGGCAAUGGAUCACAAUACGGCCCUGUACGCAAGCCAACAGCCAACGUACGAUUACCACCAGCAGAAUGCAAUGAUUCCACAAGUACCGCAAAAUGAUUGGUCAAACAUGGGUUACGUAGAGAAUUCGUACUCGAACUCGAACAAUGGAGGAAGCGUCAACUCGCAGGACUCUAUUUGGCAACUGAAAAUGUCAGCCGCGGCUUCGAACUCGGCCAACAUGAUCCCGCAGCACAACUACAUGGAGCAGCAGAUGCAACAAAACUACGGUUAUGACCCAAUGACCCACGGGGGAUACGGUGCCGUUGAUGAUUACGCUCCCUACCCACAUCUGAUGACUACCGCCAGUCAACACGGUGGCGAUGACUACCACCACAACAUGCGCAAUAGUCAGAAUCCAUCGCGCCAGGACUACUGCAGCGAUCCGUACGCGUCCGUUCACAAGCCCAAGAAACGCAUGGAUCAGCAUAUGGAUUUUGUCGCUGAAUCACCGUAUCACGAUGUGAGCGGGCUUCCGGACCCGUAUAUGGAGCAGGAGGAUGCAAAGUCUCCCGUGCAGAAUCAGCAUCUCUCAAUGAGCUACGAUGAUGCGCUAGCCAUGGAAAGCGGUUACUCGACACCAAACUCCCGCAAUCGUCGUGUCAUUCACGAGAUUGUGGUGUAG